AUGGCCUGCGGCUCUGGCUGCUGUGAACCGCCCUCCAAGGCACCGCCAGAGGAAGACUGCUGCGUUGAUGAUGUGCCAGAUACCAACCUUGAGGAGCCUGAAAUCGCCGAUACCGAAUGCAACAAACCGAUUCAGUCAGACGACGAGCAAUGCCAGGAUUCGUGCUGUGGUGGUUCGGUAGCAGAGCUACAGACUGACGAGACAUGCGAGAACAAGGCUCAAGAAGUCGACUCCGAGGAUGAUUGUUGCGCUCCACAGAUCUCCCAGUCGAGUUGCAGCAAGGCUUGCUGUUCCAAGGAAGAUAAACCAUGUCCCGAUAUCAUGAAAGCACCACCUUGCUGCGAGGGCAAAAUCUCUCCAUGCUGUGACCAAACCUGUCUAGAUCGCCUUGCGCUUCGUGAGUGCAAAGGCCCUGGCUCUGGUUCAAGCAAUGGUAAGACGACCUCCAACUGCGGUCGAGGCAAAAACGGCAAGCCAUGUGAUGGCCACUCUCGCAAGAUUCGGGACAUGUACUUGGGCAAACUUGAGGCUCUUGGAUGCAUCUGCCGUGCCCUCAUCGCCCUUGGACAAGAAACUUGCUGUAACCUUCAACGCCGCUCAACCUCGGGGAGCGUGCGACGCCGCUCAAGAGAGACGCUGUCGCUCCGUUCACGCAAGUCUGUUGACUAUUGCUGUGCCGCUGAUAGGGCGGGUGGAAACUGCUGCCCCACAAACAAGUCAGUCGUCUUGAAUGAGAAAAGUCUGGAUAAUGGCAAAGAUCCAGCUGGGCUGAAGACCCCGAGCGUGGCGGAAUCUUGUGCCGACUCUUGCUGCGCUGAAUCGCGACCAAGUCGGUCUGCCAAGCGAUCGACAGAAAUCUUUACCAGCGUCGCCCAAGAUGCUGAUGUUGAAAAGAGCCCGUCUUCAAGCAAUGAGACAGAACAUGUGAUCCUCAGCAUUUCGGGUAUGACUUGCACUGGAUGCGAGACAAAGCUGAUGCGAAGUCUCGGUGCCCUCCCGUCAGUCAAGAACUUAAAGACCAGCUUAGUGCUUGCUCGCGCCGAGUUUGACCUGGUCGGAUCUAUUUCUGCGGCUGAGGUGACGAAGCACCUUGAAAGAACUACAGAGUUCAAAUGUGAAAGAAUUACGAAUCAAGGCUCGAACCUCGAUAUCAUUGUUUGCGACGGCGAUGCAGCUGCGUUUGUCAACCAGCCUUGGCCAGACGGGGUUACUGAAGUAAAAGUCGUUGAUAACAAGACCGUCAAUGUUAGUUUUAACGCCGACAUUAUCGGUGCAAGAGACUUGAUCGAGCGCGGUUGGGGCGAGGUUCAAAUCAAGCUCGCGACGGCUCGCGGGGACCCAACACUUGAGGCCGGCAAUAGACACGUUCGUCAUAUCGGUUACAUGACACUGCUCUCCGCCUGCCUCACUGUUCCAGUUCUGGUCAUGGCCUGGGCUCCGCUCCCCAAGCAUGAUCUGGAAUACAGCUCGGCAUCCUUGGCCUUGGCAACACUCGUCCAAUUCAUAAUCGCUGGUCCAUUCUAUCCAAAGGCCCUCAAAGCGCUCGUCUUCUCGAGGGUAAUUGAAAUGGAUCUUCUCAUUGUUCUUAGUACCAGUGCAGCUUACAUCUUUUCUGUUGUCUCAUUCGGUUACUUGGCUUCCGGUCAGCCCCUGUCGACUGGCCAGUUCUUCGAGACCAGUACUCUACUAGUGACUCUCAUCAUGGUAGGCCGCUGGGUGGCUGCCAUGGCCCGCCAAAAAGCCGUGGAAUCCAUCUCGAUACGAUCUCUUCAGAACACAACAGCCCUCAUUGUGACUGACGAAGGUGAAAGGGAGAUUGAUGCUCGUCUCCUCCAGUAUGGGGAUGUGUUCAAGGUCGCUCCCGAUUCGAGGAUUCCAACUGACGGUACGGUGAUGUCUGGCAACUCUGAGGUCGACGAAUCUAUGAUGACUGGAGAAUCAAUGCCGGUCGUGAAGCACAGUAAUUCCCCAGUCAUUGCCGGAUCUCUCAAUGGUUCAGGUGCAUUAUAUGUUCGACUGACUCGACUUCCCGGCGACAAUACAAUCAGUACCAUCGCUGGCAUGGUGGACGAGGCAAAGUUAUCGAAACCAAGGGUUCAAGCCAUAGCUGACCGGGUUGCGAGCUAUUUUGUCCCCGUCGUCGUUGCCAUUACCAUUAUCGUCUUCUGCAUCUGGAUCGCCAUUGGCAUCAAGAUUCGCGGUCUAUCUGGAAGCGAGGCCACGAUCCAAGCAAUCACAUAUGCAAUCACAGUUCUAAUAGUGUCAUGCCCCUGUGCCAUCGGCCUAGCGGUACCCAUGGUUGUAGUCAUUGCUAGCGGUGUUGCCGCUGAACGGGGCGUUGUUUUUAAAUCGGCGGAAGGCCUUGAGGUUGCUUAUGAGACGUCGCACGUAGUAUUCGACAAGACUGGUACCAUUACAGAGGGCAAACUGACAUUGAUCGAGGAAUGGUAUGCCGAUGGUGACCAGACCGCUACAAAGUCUCUCCUCCUUGGUCUUGUUGAUGGCAUCAAGCAUCCAGUGUCUGCUGCAAUGUCGUUGCAUCUAAAAAGCCAGGAUAUAUCUCCUGCGCCGGUAUCAAGUUUAAAAGCUCUGACAGGGAAAGGCAUCGAAGGUAUCGCAGAAGAAUCUGGAUUGGCUCUUCAGGCAGGCAACUCCCGCUGGCUCGGCCUCGAGUUCAAUCCAGUCGUACAAUCAAUGCUGUCACAUGGAUACACUGUUUUCGGCUUCAUAAUCGGUGGUUCUAUCGCUGCUAUUUUUGCCCUCCAAGAUUCAAUUCGGCCAGAUGCUACCUCUACGAUUCGGACUUUGCUCAAUCGUGGCAUAUCGGUUCACAUCAUCUCAGGGGACGACGAUGGCGCUGUACGCUCCGUUGCAGGGCGGUUGAACAUUAUCGAGGCCAAUGUUCGUUCCCGCUGCACUCCCGCUGACAAGCAAGCAUACAUUCAGGACCUUGUCCAAAGCCCUACCCCCACUGGACAGAGCAAUAAGGUUGGCAAGUCAAAGAAACCUGUCGUCAUUUUCUGUGGCGAUGGAACCAACGAUGCAGUCGCCCUCGCCCAGGCCACCAUUGGCGUACACAUGAACGAAGAGGGUACUGAUGUCGCCAAAUCAGCAGCUGAUGUUGUUCUCAUGAGCCCCAACCUCGCCGGUAUCCUCACUGUCAUUGCGGUAAGCCGAAAAUCCAUGCGCAGAAUCGCCUUCAACUUUGGCUGGAGCUUUGUGUACAAUUUGUUCGCCAUCUUGCUUGCCGCUGGGGCGUUUGUCAACGCGAGAAUCCCGCCCGAAUACGCCGGCUUGGGCGAGCUCGUCAGCGUACUGCCUGUUGUUGCUGCGGCCACGCUGUUGAGAUGGUCUACUAUCUGA